CUGGACAGUGGUAAGGACCUCAAGAUUGACAUAGUCCCCAACCCCCGGGAGCGCACGCUCACAUUGGUGGACACUGGCAUUGGGAUGACAAAAGCAGAUCUCAUCAACAACCUGGGCACCAUUGCCAAAUCCGGGACCAAAGCCUUCAUGGAAGCACUGCAGGCUGGUGCAGACAUUUCCAUGAUUGGGCAGUUUGGUGUGGGUUUCUAUUCUGCUUAUCUAGUGGCUGAGAAGGUGGUUGUCAUUACCAAACACAAUGAUGAUGAGCAGUAUGCUUGGGAGUCGUCAGCUGGGGGCUCCUUCACUGUCCGAACUGACCAUGGUGAGCCCAUUGGACGGGGCACCAAAGUGAUCCUGCAUUUGAAGGAGGACCAGACAGAGUACUUGGAGGAGCGGCGUGUCAAAGAGGUGGUGAAGAAGCACUCCCAGUUCAUUGGCUACCCCAUCACACUCUUUACGGAGAAGGAGCGUGAGAAAGAGAUCAGCGGUGAUGAGGAAGAGGAAGAGAAAGAUGAGAAGGAAGAGUCAGCAUCUAAAGAUGAAGAGAAACCCAAAAUUGAGGAUGUGGGCUCUGAUGAAGAGGAAGAGGAAGGACGUAAAAGCAAGAAGGCAACCAAGAAAAUCAAGGAGAAAUAUAUUGACCAGGAGGAGCUGAACAAGACCAAGCCUAUUUGGACACGCAACCCUGACGACAUCACCCAGGAGGAGUAUGGCGAGUUCUACAAGAGCCUUACCAAUGACUGGGAGGACCACCUGGCUGUCAAGCACUUCUCUGUGGAAGGGCAGCUGGAGUUCAGGGCCCUGCUCUUCAUCCCGCGCCGUGCCCCUUUUGACCUCUUUGAAAACAAGAAGAAGAAAAAUAACAUUAAGCUGUAUGUGAGGCGUGUCUUCAUCAUGGACAGCUGUGAUGAGCUCAUCCCUGAGUACCUAAACUUCAUCCGGGGCGUUGUGGACUCCGAGGACCUGCCUCUGAACAUCUCUCGUGAGAUGCUCCAGCAGAGCAAGAUCCUCAAGGUGAUCCGCAAAAACAUAGUGAAGAAAUGCUUGGAGCUUUUCUCUGAGCUGGCAGAAGACAAGGAGAACUACAAGAAAUUUUAUGAGGCUUUUUCCAAGAAUCUGAAGCUGGGCAUCCAUGAGGACUCGACCAACCGGAAGCGUCUUUCGGAGCUGCUGCGUUACCACACGUCCCAGUCAGGUGACGAGAUGGCUUCGCUUUCCAAGUAUGUGUCCCGUAUGAAGGACAACCAGAAGAGUAUCUACUACAUCACAGGGGAGAGUAAGGAGCAGGUUGCCAACUCAGCCUUUGUGGAGCGUGUGAGGAAGCGUGGCUUUGAGGUGGUGUACAUGACGGAGCCCAUUGAUGAGUACUGUGUGCAGCAGCUCAAGGAGUUUGAUGGCAAGACCCUGGUAUCGGUCACCAAAGAGGGGCUGGAGCUGCCUGAGGAUGAGGAGGAGAAAAAGAAGAUGGAGGAGAGCAAGACCAAGUUUGAGAACCUCUGCAAACUCAUGAAGGAGAUCCUGGACAAGAAGGUGGAGAAGGUAACUGUCUCAAACCGGUUGGUCUCCUCUCCCUGCUGCAUCGUCACCAGCACCUACGGUUGGACAGCCAACAUGGAGCGCAUUAUGAAGGCUCAGGCACUGCGGGACAACUCUACCAUGGGCUACAUGAUGGCCAAGAAGCACUUGGAGAUAAACCCUGACCACCCAAUUGUGGAAACCCUCCGCCAGAAGGCUGAUGCUGACAAGAAUGACAAAGCCGUUAAAGAUUUGGUGGUGCUGCUCUUUGAGACUGCUCUGCUCUCCUCUGGCUUCUCCCUGGAAGAUCCCCAGACCCACUCCAACCGCAUCUACAGGAUGAUCAAACUGGGGCUUGGCAUUGAUGAAGAUGAGGUGACUGCAGAAGUACUCGGUGCAGCUGCCGCUGAUGAAAUUCCACCUCUGGAGGGAGAUGAAGAUACAUCCCGCAUGGAAGAGGUAGACUAAAGCAGGAUGAAGCCUCUUCCCUCACCUGCCAGGCCUCUGCCCUGUAUCAUGUCUGCUUAGAAGGGGGUCUUCUCCCACCAGCUGCUACUGACUCCUUAGUGGUGUGUUUUCUUGGAUUUGCUUGGCUGGG